AAAUAAUCUUGAAGUGAAGCACAAAGAUAGAAAAAGCCACGAGAAGGUGAGACAGUGAGAAACUGAACCAGCUCAGAGGAAGAAGUGUGACGGCCACUACAUCUGCAACGUCGUAGAAGUGUGACACGACGUCGACACGAUGGCAACGCGUUCAGCAACACGACGACGACGAAAUACGACAAUGACGGGACAACAAUGCGUUUUCAAGUUCAAUCUUCUCUUGUUCUUUGAUUAGGGUUUUCGAUUUGAGCUUCGAUCUCUCAAUUGGUUUGCAUUUCCAAUUUGGGGUUUUGGGACUUUAGAUUGGGCUUAAAAUCUAAAUCUAAGAACUCGUGAGUCUGUACGACUCAACCGAGUCUACUCCGAGUUUGAAAGAAAACGAGUUUAUUAACGAGUUAACUCGUAGACGAUAAGUAAAUUCGCAGAAUCAUACGAGUUUAUGAGUCAACCCGCGAGUUCGAUAACCUUCUUUGGUCCUACUUGUUUAUCGACACAUUGAAAGGGGAAGUCUAUAUAAACGAUUAUAUUUUUGUGUGUCAAAUUUUGGCACAACCAGACUCCUUGAUCUGGCUCUUCAAAUCCCUAGAAAAGCUAUUUCAAAUACAAUAAUGUAAAACUUGAAAUCAAGCAAAUAAAGUCUAUCAAUAAAACUAGUAUUGACCUAUUUAUGAGUGCACAUGUUUUCUUCCAUAUAAAUACAGUAAGUUAUAAAAGAAAAUUCGAAAAGAGUAAGGUACACUAAUACAAAGUAUAAAACAUUCUAUGAUGAUGGCAGUUUAACUGUCAUAAGUAAUGCAAUAACAUUUAGUGAGAGAGGGAAGAUUCGAGACCGAACAACAUUCCAACUCCUUCUCUAUCCUCUUCCCACGACAUUUGUGCCUCCAAUUCGCCGAUGAAGUGCGACGUCGUCAUCGUUGCCUAGGGUUUAGCCUCACCGCUCAAGGAUCUCCCUGUUUUUCACCUUCUUUCUUCUCUGUCUUCGUAUUCACAAUCUUCAAUAAACUCGUGAGUCGUUUCUACCCGCGUUUUAAUGUUUACUAACAAUGCAUUGCAUCCAUUUUCAUCUUUGGUGUGUGGAAAACGAAAUUUUUCAUUUGUAUUUUUCACUGUCAUUUGAAAUUGAAUUUGAUUACCUUGGAAUUUGUAUGUGGAACUAAUUUUACUUUGAUGCUUGCUGACAUAUCUUUAGAGUUGCUAUCUAGAGCUUGUUCAUGACAUGAAGGUUGUGUUAUUGCUUUUGUCUGUAAAUGCAGUUCUGUGGAUUCUCUUUCGAAAAUCUUUUAUGCUAAAGAAGCUUCAUAAUGGACCAACUACACAUCCUUCACAGUAAUUAGAAGGAUAGCUUAGAAGGAUAGUAAUAUCUAAUGCUUUAUUUAGAACUCGCAAAAGUUGAUUAACUUGUUUCACAGUGAUUUAUCUGUGACUAUAAAUUAGAGUUUCUUAAUUAAUACUUUAAUUUAUCUACAUUGAAUUUCAUGUGUAUUUUGUUAUUCCUCUUGCGUACAUUUUGCUUUCACCAGUUCUUGGAAUUCUUGGCCAACGAAUCCAAAAACCAUUAAUGUAUAAUUGAUUAGACAGAUAACUAAACCAACCUGUGAAUACAUUGAUAAAUUCAUGGGUACUGCCGUCCGGAUUUUAAACAUCACAUUCCAUUUUAUAAAAUAACCUUUACUUCAACCAAUCAUAUCAUAAUUCUUUCGGGAAAAACAAAGUCUUUGAACUUUCAUAUACGAGUCCUUCUGUCACUGCUACAUAUACCGACCCUUAAAUCUUGUGGCAAAUGUAUCAUUACAACAAAAUUUAAUUGAUAAGUCAAUGAAUGAAUCAAUUAUGGCAAACUGUUUUUGCAGUUUACUAGUUAUGGCCUUGUAUAUGAUGGGUGAGCUAUCAUCUGUGUUUGGUGCCAUCAAUCAGGAACGCGAGGCUUUGCUGAACAGCGGUUGGUGGAAUGAUUACCGUAAUAUCUCAGACCAUUGUCGUUGGGUGAGUAUCGAUUGCAAUGAAGCUGGAAGUGUUAUUGCUAUUGAUAGUUGGUACAUGAAGACUCCUUCAUCACAAGAAUUGCUUUGGAUAGAUAAGUUGAACUUCACUGCCUUCCCCAAUUUAGUCACUCUGUAUCUAACUGGAAUGGGUCUUAGAGGAAGCAUCCCCACAGCAAUAGGCUCACUUACAAACCUUACUUAUAUUGACCUGUCCAAAAAUAUUCUCCAAGGUUCAAUACCACCAGAAUUUGGUAACUUGACACAAUUGCAGACGCUAUCUUUCUUUCAUAAUUCUCUAUCGGGUUCAAUCCCAUCUACAUUGGGUCAAUUGAUGAAUUUGAAAUUUAUGUAUCUUGAUUCAAACAAACUUGAAGGUAGGAUUCCCACGGAAUUUGGGAAUUUGACAAAAUUAGUCAAAUUAUAUCUCUCAGAUAAUUUACUCACAGGUUCAAUUCCUCCAAAUUUGGGUCAAUUAGAAAGCUUGACAUACUUCUUUUUUCAAUCCAACCAAAUUACUGGUCCAAUACCAGUAGAAUUUGGAAAUUUAAAAAGCUUACAAAGGUUAUAUCUCUCAAAUAAUUCUCUCAAUGGUUCAAUCCCUCCUACUUUAGGUCGUUUGGAUAAUUUGGUACAUCUCUUUCUUGAUUCUAACCAAAUAGAAGGCUACAUACCUGAAGAAUUAGGGAAUUUGUUCCAAUUAGAAGUUUUGAGACUUAAUCAUAAUAAGAUCUCGGGUUUAAUACCUGCAAAACUUUUUCAAAUGGACAAAAUGUUCUCCUUAUAUCUCUCAUCAAAUCAGUUAUGCGGUUCAAUUCCAUUUGAAACCAUGAAAUGUCCUUACGCUACAAUAGUUGAUUUGAGCCAUAACUUGUUUAAUGGAAGCAUAACUUCCCAAAUUGGUUGUGUCAGUGACCUUAGUCUCAGUCACAAUUUUCUUGUUGGUGAGAUUCCAUUUCCUUUUAGAAGGAGUUCCGUGCUUACGCGAUUGGAUCUUAGUUAUAAUAAUCUCUCGGGUAAAUUACACAAGGAACUUGCUAGUCUAUCAUAUAUAAAUCUUUCAUACAAUUCAUUUGACUUCUCACAAGAUCUUGAUUCAAAAUCAGGGGUACCAGAUUACUGCUAUUUCAAGGAAGACUCAUUAAUUAAUGAUCACCACAUGCCCAAUUUCUCAUACUGCCACUUGCUCAACCAAACAAAUCCUCAAACUAGGAAAAGUAAGCCCGUGAUCAUGUUAAUUCUUCUUCCUAUCAUUUUCUUCAUUCUUUUAUUACUCCUUUCAAUAUUAUAUUUCUCAAGAUGUAAGCCUAAGAAAAAGUGUGAAGGAAUAGCAACAAAGAAUGGAAACUUGUUUUCUAUAUGGAACUAUGAUGGUAAAAUUGCAUUUGAGGAUAUCAUUGAAGCAACCGAAGACUUUGACCUCAAGUACUGUAUUGGGACAGGAGCAUAUGGCAGUGUUUAUAGAGCACAAUUACCCAGUGGAAAUAUUGUUGCGCUAAAAAAGCUCCACCAUGUGGAAUCUCAAAAUCCAUCAUUUGAAAGAAGUUUUCAGAAUGAGGUGAAGAUGUUAACAAAAAUUCGUCAUAAAAAUAUCGUAAAGCUUCAUGGCUAUUGCCUCCACAAUCGAUGCAUGUUUCUAGUCUAUCAAUACAUGGAAAGAGGUAGUUUAUUUUAUAUUUUGAAUAACGAAGUGGAAGCUAAGGAAUUGAAUUGGAAUAAGAGGGUGAAUGUGAUUAAAGGGAUGGCAGAGGCUUUAUCCUACAUGCAUCAUGAUUGUAUCCCACCAAUUGUUCAUCGAGACGUAACAAGUAGCAAUGUUCUAUUAAACUCACAAUUAGAGGCUCAUGUCUCGGACUUUGGAACAGCUAGACUCCUUGAUCCUGAUUCCUCAAAUCAAACCUUGGCAGUUGGCACAUGUGGCUACAUUGCUCCAGAACUUGCUUAUACAAUGAGUGUGACAGAAAAGUGUGAUGUUUAUAGUUUUGGAGUGGUGAUUUUGGAAACAUUAAUGGGAAAACAUCCUGGAGAGCUAAUUGCAUCAUUAUUUAACCCAACUACUCAAAGUAUGUUGUUGAAAGAUCUCUUGGAUUCACGUCUUCCUCUUCCUCUUCAAAAAGAUGCUAAAGACAUACAUCUUGUGGUAAAUGUAGCAUUAUCAUGUUUGUGCUCCAAACCAGACUUAAGGCCAUCAAUGCAACAAGUGGUUAAGAAACUCUCUAGUUUGAAAAUACCAUUUUAUUUGCCUCUCCAUGAAGUUUUUAUCCAUCAAUUGAUGAGCCAAGAAAUAGGUCUUGUUUCAUCUGAGUUUCAUGAAUAUACUGAGCCAUAGGGAAGGGAAUUACAUGUAAUCAAU